UCGCGGGGCGCGGUGCACCUUGCUCCCGGCGCCCCCGCCCCGCGCCGGCCCCUCCCCGCGCGGCCCGCCCGGGUCGGUGCCAGCCCCUUCCGUCCUCGCGGCCCCGCCGCUGUCCUCCGCCGGCGCGCGAGGGAGGACGAUGGGUCAGCGCGGAAAAAGUGAAUGAGGGCGGCGGCGGCCGCGGCGAGCGCCUGACUCGCGGGGCCCGAGCGCCGCCCGCGCCCCCGCCCGCCGGCUCCAUGGACGCGCCGCGCGCCUCGGCGGCCAAGCCCCCCACCGGGAGGAAGAUGAAGGCUCGUGCCCCCCCGCCCCCUGGAAAGCCCGCCACCCCGACCGCGCACAGCGGCCGGAGACCUCACUGCGACGCGUCGCCCGGGCCCCCGCAGAGCCUGCUCGCCGUGAAGGAGGCCCUGGGCGGCGGGGUGCUGGCCAUCACCGUGGUGCUGCCCAGCGGGCUGGAGAAGAGGAGCGUGGUCAACGGCAGCCAUGCCAUGAUGGACCUCCUGGUCGAACUCUGCCUUCAGAACCACCUGAAUCCGUCCAACCACGCCCUGGAGGUCCGCUCUUCAGAAACCCAACAGCCUUUGAAUUUUAAGCCAAACACUUUAGUUGGAACCUUGAAUGUCCACACCGUGUUUCUGAAAGAAAAAGUUCCUGAAGCGAAAGUUAAGGCUGGCCCCCCAAAGAUGCCUGAGAAGACCGUGCGCCUGGUCGUCAACUACCUGCGCACGCAGAAGGCAGUGGUGCGCGUGAGCCCCGAGGUGCCUCUGCAGAACCUCCUGCCGCUCAUCUGCGCCAAGUGCGACGUCAGCCCGGAGCACGUGGUGCUCCUCAGGGACAACGUGGCCGGCGAGGAGCUGGAGCUCUCCAAGUCCCUGAGCCAGCUGGGGAUAAAGGAGCUCUACGCCUGGGACAACCAGCGAGAAACUUUUAGAAAAUCAUCCCUUGAGAAUGAUGAAACAGAUAAAGAGAAGAAAAAAUUUCUGGGAUUUUUCAGAGUUAAUAAAAGAAGCAACAGUAAGGGCUGCUCGACAACCCCAAACUCCCCGAGCGUGAAUCCUCGUUCCGUCCCGCUGGGUCCGUCCCUCUCGCUCAGCAACAUCUCAGGGGUAUCUGUCAAGUCGGACCUGAAGAAGCGCCGGGCUCCCCCUCCUCCAACCCUGCCUGGAACGGCGCCUCCCGUGCAGGACAAAGCAUCAGUAAAGCUCUCGCUGGGGUCCCAGACGGACUUACAGAAGAAGAAGAGGCGGGCGCCGGCCCCCCCGGCGCCCCAGCCCCCGCCGGCCAGCCCGCUGGUGCCCGCCCGCACGGAGGACCAGGAGGAGAACAGGAGGUCCCGGACGGGUGUUGGACGGCAGGUACCACAAAAGCCUCCCAGGGGCGCGGCUCGGGGCCCCCCCCAGUUAGUGCUCCCCCCGCCCCCGCCCUACCCGCCUCCUGACACAGAUGCAGCAGAGCCGCUGGGCUCCCCUGGGGACGGCGCUGCCUGCGAGGCCUCCGACCCGAGGCCCACACGGAGCCUGCCCCUGGGGCCCGGCAGCCCCCGAGGUGUGGACGGGGUCCCGCCCAUGCCACCAGAGGCGGAAGAGACCGUGUCCGUCGGCAGCUGCUUGGCGUCCGAGGACACCACGGAGGACUCCGGCGUCAUCAGCUCCCCAUCGGACAUCGUCUCUCUGGACUCCCAGCAUGACAGCGCCAAGUCCAAAGAGAAGUGGGCCACGGACCAGGAAGACUGCAGCGACCAGGACCUGGUGGGAACCCCGGCUGGCCCCCCUCGGAGCCCCUCGUGGGACAGAAGCAGUUCUGAGACCUGGCCUCCCAGAAAUGGAGAAGCUGCACCAGCCUCAGACGAGGGCGAAGACCUGUUUACGGCUGCACGGUUCCAGGAACCCCUCGCAGAACCGGAUGGCGAGCUGGAAGAAAUGGAAGAGAGUUAUGACACCGACUCCAGCUCCCUCAGCAGCUCUGUACCCGGUGUGUCCAGUCGCUGCCCACAAGAUGCCGCCAGCCCCAACGGCGAUGCUGAGGCAAUCCCGGUGACGUUCAUUGGGGAGGUUCUAGAAGAUCCCGUGGACUCAGGGUCAUUUUCCAACAGAAACAACAACGCCGGCUCCUUCGACAUGGGGAGCGCGGCUGGCAGGAAGGCCCAGCUGCCCCCGAGCCGAGACACAGGGUCCGGCUCCUCUGCCCCUUCCCAAGACCAUGGGAGAGAAAUCAGAGCAGCCUCACCCAACAGCCAGCAGGAUGGGGAUCCCCCAAAAAUGCGGCCCAAAGCAGCUUCGGCAUCGGCGCUUCCCACACACGACCUGAAUGGGAAGCAGAAAGACACCGGGCCCCACGCCACCUGCGGUGGGAGGAUGCCGGCCGCCCGGGGGGAGGACUCGCAGCUCCAGAGGGAGGACGGCGAAGAUAAAAACGGGGCCUCAACACCGCUGUCCUGGUAUCAAAGAGGCCAACACACCAGGGGGAGUUAUGGGCUGAAAUACGGCCUCACAACAUAUAAAAUUGUCCCCCCAAAGUCAGAAAUGAGAUGUUAUGACCGGGGAGCUUCCUUGUCGACCAGUGCCAUUAAGAUCGACGAGCUGGGGAACCUGGUGAACCCCAACGCAAGCACGGGCAGGACCAUCGUCCCCACCUCGCCCACCGUGGAAGCAGAAACCCCACCCAUUGGAAAAGUCAAAGAAUUCUGGAGGUCUAGCUCUAUCGAAAAACACUCUGGCUGGCCCACAGAGCGCUCGGCCACGGGGACCCCCACCCCCCCAACGCCCACGAAACCACAACCUCAGGAAAGCAGACUCAGAGCAGAGCCCACCUCCCCAGACCCCAAAGUGACAGUGCCCCGGCCCCAGGCCACCCAUCCAGAAGAUGGGAGACCUCCAGAUGAGGGGAGAAGCAGGCCACCCCAGGCAGCCCCUUGUCCCGUGAAAGUGCCAGCAGCUAACACUGCAGACGUCCCCUUUCUCAAGCCUCAGAGGAGAACGUCCAGUCAGUACGUGGCCUCUGCCAUUGCCAAGCGGAUAGGGACCCCAAAAGUCCACCCCGACGUGGGGAGGAAGCGUGAUAAUGCCCAGAAGACGUGGGAAGGCAGAGCCCCAGAGCGGACUGGACCGCUCUCCCCGUGGCUAGAUGGUCCCUCCCACAGCCUGUGCCCGGACGGGCCUGACGAAGGGGAUUCAGCAGCAGGAGCCCCUCCCGGAAGGCAAGGCAGCUGCCCUCCCGGAAAGUCAUCUACUCGAGACUGUCCCGCCGGCACCCACCGAGGUUCCCACGCACCUCUGGGCACGGCUUCCCAGAGGGAGCAGGUCUCUGUGGCACAGAGCUGUGGUCUCAGCGGAAAGCAAAGCACCAGGAACCACAGAACCAGCUCUGCAUCCGACCCCACGUGCGCACCGGGAGAGACAAAGCCCCUGCCACCUUGCUCAGGGGCUGAGCAGACUUCCGGCCGGGCCCUGGUGAAUGGCUCCCGGUGGGUCCCCCUCCACAGCGAGCCUCCUCACCCUCCAAGAGUGUCUGUCACACACAGCCACCCCGGUCAGGAGCCCCGCGCACCAGAGGAAAAGCCCAGUCUGCUAAGCACAGGGGUCCUUGAAGCCGAUGGUACACUGCCAGCCAGCAUCUUUGGGCCAAAGAAGAAAUUCAGACCUGUGGUCCAGAGGCCAGCCCCGAAAGACACAUCCCUGCACAGUGCCCUGAUGGAGGCCAUCCACUCGGCCGGAGGGAAGGAUAGGCUUCGCAAGACUCCAGAACCCCGCUCAGACGGAGGGCCCGGGAAACCAUCCUACAUGGAAGGGGACAGCGAGCGCUCAGCCCUGCUGGCGGCCAUCCGCGGGCACAGUGGCACCUGCAGCCUGCGGAAGGUGACAUCCUCUGCCUCGGAAGAGCUCCAGAGCCUCCGCCAGGCCGCACUGUCUGCGCACGGGUCGGAACCCCCGGGCUUUGAAGGCCCGCCGGCCCCGCCGCCCCUGCCCCUUCUGGCCACCCACGCUCCCACCGCAUCCCGGCCGGUGUCCAGGUCCAGCUCGGGCCCCCCCAGCAACACGGCGGAUGCCCGGCAGGCUUUGCUGGAUGCCAUUCGCUCCGGCUCAGGCGCCGCGCGGCUGAGAAAGGUGCCCUUGCUUGUGUGAAUCAGCGACAAGCUGAGACGGCGGCAGAAACUCCCCCUCCAGAACGCCCUCGGCCACCACUCCCCAGCGCCCUGCAGCAGGGGCAUCGGGACCUGGCGGGCUCCCCGUCUCCAGGCCAAAACUCACCGCGUGGACUUUCAGCCCCACGUCAUGCUUCAGAGGACAAGGAAGCCGCCCCGUGUGGCUUGUGCCAAGGAACUGUGUUUUGUCUCUGAAUGUUUAUAAAGCUGCCAAUACUCCACCCUUGUUGGCCGGUGGGUGGGACUAGAGAAGCUGGAGCCCCGCUGCUUACUUGCAUCGAUGGACAGAGUGGAAAGAAUCAUGCCUUCGACUGAUAUUGGACCUUCUGAGACUUUUACCACACGUGGAUGGUGAGGACAGUUUAGUUGUGUAAAAUCAUUUGCAUUCUAGGGAAAUGUGCAAAUCAGGGGAAACAAUCAGAAGCUUCUCGAUGCUCCCGUAAGAGGCCUUUUCUAGGGCGACUUUGCUGAGGGAGGCGAAUCGUGUUUCCUGAUUCUUCAGACAUCUGGGGGGACCUCACGGAGGAUGGCAGAUCAGGAGCUGGGCUAUCGCAAAGCAGCACGGCCGCCCAGAGCGACAAUCUCCCGAGAUGUAUGGCCAGGCGGGUCUGAGUUCAGGGCGGUGGCUGAGCUCAGAAGGGUGUUGGCGCCCACAGCCGGUGUCCCCGUGGACAGCUGCUCCCCAGUGGACUGUGACACAGAGCAGGCCUCCCUGACCGGGGCUGAGCUCCCAGCCCCAAGGCCGCCCUGGGAGCCUUGGAAAUCCUACGCGGGGCCGAGCGGGGAUGUGGCGUGUCACCUGGAGGUCAGAAUCGUGCUGCUGAUUCGCAGUGGGGGCUUCUUUCUUUGCCCAGCAGGUGGGUGGCCCCUGUGAGUCACACAGCAGCCUUUCCGUAUCACCCGGCCCUCAGUCGUCUGUGUUUAUCGUAGCAUCUGUCAAGUACAGCCGUAGAAGAUGCUUCUUUAAAAGAAGUCAAGAGGAAGUGACGAAAUAAAAUUUCUUUCUCGAUGAGGCAGCCGGUAUGGUGAGAAUGUGUCUCAGCGAUGCCGGAUCCUGGCGUCCGGUGGAGUGGAGCCCACCCUGCCCGGUCUAAUGAAUGCCCUCACCGUCCCGGGCGGCGAGGGCGUCCAGCCAGCCCCUGUUCAACCCUCCACCGUUCGUCUGUUUGUGCCACAAAUAAAAGAACGUGAAAUUGCA